AUGCCACGCUCAUCUGCUGCGGCUAGGAAGAAUCAGAACAAUCGGCACGACAAUGGCCUCGUCGGUCCCGGGAAGAAAGUAACCAAGCAAAAGUCAAGCAACCAGCUGAACGGCAACCCUGGCAACGGUUCCGCAAGCCCGGGCGCGUCCGCUCACCUCGAUCUGGCUUCGUCUCGAUCCACAAGCGACCCUGCGGUGACGUUUCCGGCAGUCGCGGCAAGUAAAGGCGCGGAUGGGACAAGGGUGGAUGACAGUGUGCGUGGGCUGGUAAAUGGGCACGGCAAGGCGGCGGAUAUGGCGUGUGGACAAGCAAAUGGAAACGGUGCGAUGCCGCAUAAUGGCAUUAUCGCCGGCCACGCCUCUCGCAACGGAGUCUCGAAACGGUCGGGCUCUAACGCGUCAAUCAACCCUCUGCAGCUCGCUUCGACCAUCCUCAAGUCGUGUCCCAUGUACGAUACGAUCGCCAUCUUGAUUUUUCUCCUACAGCUUCCGCCAAUGGUCCUCACCCUCGUUCAGUUCUUGUUCGCCUCCCUGACCUUCAUGCCCCCGAGUGGCGCGGCCGCCGGUUCCUUGUCGUCCAAUUUCGAUAUUUUCCAGGGUCCCGCCGGCACGCCAUCUCUGGGGACGAUGAUCGCGAUGGAUGGGUUCUGCCUACUAUUCUGGGGCCUAUUCAUGUGGACAUGGGCGCAAAACUUUGCCAUCGACCUCGCACAUGUCCAAGUCGCGAUCACGCUCGGUGGCGGAGGGUCCGGAAAGAACGGUGGGGGCAAUGCCCUCUGUGUCGGGAUUGUUCUGCUUCUUCACAUCAUUCGCAGCAAAGGUGUACAAGAUUUUGUGACGGGGCAUCUUGUUUCUUCAAAACUUUUCAGCCCCGAUCUCCUGUCUCAAUACUCGCACUUGUUACCCGCCGAGUUCCGACGCUCCGAAGGACAGACAUCGCCAAGUUGGAUUCGGAGUCUUCUCGCUGUUCACAUCCUUGCACAAGCGGGUACUGCUAUGGCAAGACGAUCGAUGGCUAAGAAUCGAUCGCCUGUACCACCGCGGACCGGCAAGCGCGGGGACACCGAAGCGUCGGCUGGUUCGCAAACCCAGGUCGACUCUGCACUCGAAUCCGCUGCCAGUGUUUCCUCUUCUUUCGUGGGGCCAGAUGGCCAGUUCAUGAUCAGCAAGGAGGGCAAGGAUCGUUUGACCUCCGCAAAGAAACGCAGACGACAAGCCAACCAGGUCCGAAGCCGUCAACCGUUUUGGGCCGCCCUCGCCAGCACAAAAGUCACGGUCAUGCGAGAAUACGAACAUUCGCGGACACUAUCCAAGACUACUCGUGGCGUUACAAUGACUGAGGAGGACCUUCAAGGUGUCUCUCUCGACGAUGGCUUGGUAUGGGUUACGGAUGUGGACAGUUCUUCCAUCAAGUUUGCCGCUGGCGAUCUCGCCGUCGAUGAUCCAACUGUCUCAGGUGCCUACGAGGCCGGCCGCCUGGAAGGCGAAAUGGAACCGUUUUACGUCUGCGUCAAUGGAGCUUUAUGGGCCACAGCAACGUUAUGCAGGGUCUCAGAUACUACCAAAGGAGCGGGUGUGGUCCAGUGGCGGGGCGAGAUCUCCGGGCUUGCACCCAACUGUGCCUACACCUGCUCAUUUCUUCGCAGCGAUACGAACGAGGAAAUCUGUGCCAUAAGUGUCAAGACUCCUGCGCCGGCUGACACAGAGCAAGUUGUAUCUGCGGUCCCAACUCCCAUACAGCCUCCCUACCGACCCUCCUCCCCUACGACGACGCUGAAAAACUCCAUUGUUAACGCAGAGGCCAAACUAAAUGAGAAGCGCUCUCGACUCAAAAAGGCAAAGAGCGACCAUAAAGUCGUGAUUUCAAAGAUCCGGAAGGAACUGGAGAAUUACAACCAUCGUCUCCAAAGCGGUACAGAUGAGAACAGACAAAAGCAGCGGUCGCUCCAAUUGGAGCGGAAUAUUCGACAGACGGAGGAAGCUACUGCGGUGCUGGAGGUUCAACUCGAUACCUUGGAAACCGUGCCGGAGGAAGAGAUGGAGCAAUGGUCUACCCAAAAGGCCGAAUAUGAGCGCGAGCUCGAACUUCUCAAUUCAGCCAAGGAGGACUUAGCUGCUGCACGCUCUGAUGCCAACCAGGAAGUGCAAACCUUGCAGUCGGAGUUGAACCUGACGAUCCAAAAGCGGGAGCGCCUUCAAAGCCGCCGUACACGGCUGAACGAGCAGUACGAGCGCAUCAUCUCGGCCAACGCGCAAGGGUUGAACGAACGAGAACGCCGUGCGGCAGAGCAGUUUGCAAGAGAGCAGGACCAUGCCAAGUUGGAGGCCACUUUCCAAGAGCAAUUCAACAGCAUCACCCACUCCGUGCAGGAUCACCAGAUGCGUAUCAGUCACCUCUGGCAGCAGGCGUCUAGCAUUGAGCAGUCCAUCCAGCAGCACCAGCAGCAGAUGCUCUUGGAAACGGGACCCCUUACACCCGAGGGUAACUUGCCUGGCACCAACCCACCCCCGGAGACCAGCGAAUCAUCAACGACGACUGCCCUCAAUGGCCGGUCCCUGCUGGCACUUAGCUUCCCGCCGGCACGAUCGAGCCCUCUGCAAAAUGUGUCCUCCCUCGUUCACGCCACGUCGUCGCAGCCAGCGAGUCCUGCCCAAGCAUCGUUCCCGCCACAGCUCCCGGUGUCUCCGUUCGGCAACUCAUAUUUCGGGUCGGAUGUCAACAGCCGUGAUCGAUCGUUCUCCAAUCGCUCCGCUCGCAGCAGUCAAUACGGGUCCGAGUUCGUCGACGCCAACAGCCAGUUUCCUCUUCAGGUUGAUCUCUCCGAGCUACUCGCCGAACACGGGAAGAGCUCUGGGUCCGAUGGAAACGGGUCUUUCAGCCAGGGCAGUCGCCCUGUCCUGAGCCCGUUCCAACGUGCAGCAAGCCGGGGAAGUGGAACUGGUAGUGGCAGCGGCGGUAGUCGGAGUGGAAGUGGCCAUUCGAGUCCAGCACGCCAUUAA